AUGCUACUUUCCGACCUUACGAAUCUAUGGCAACCCGACAUCAACCAUGAAGCUGUGGAUCAUUUUUUGCUCCUGCGGGGGCUGUCGCCGCCGGAAAGGAAUGGAUUUCGUCCAAAUGAAUAUGCCUCCGCCCGAAUACAGCUUCCAGAAUACCCUCGAUGCUUCAUUUCUCAGAGCUUCGCCUCCAGGGAGUUCAUUUUCUUUUGCGUCGCUGCGCGCUCAAGGUCUUCUUCGGUAGAAUCCCUCUUUCUGGUGUAUUCAGCUGCCGUACAAGGAAGCCCGAUGGAAGGGCCCUUCCUUCAGCAUGACCUUGAGUCAAAGAUUAUCAGAUCCAACGAUAUCCUUCUGCGGAUCUUCUCUCACCAUUGUACAACCCUCAUUCGGAGUUUGUUCCUUGACAAACCAGCAGGACUAGCUAAUGUCGAUGGCACCAAUGAUAUCUCCGAAUCCUCGAUACCCAUUUGACUAAUUGGUACCAUACUCUCCAUCUGACAAUGAAUUUUCAAUAUGUCCCAUGAUGCUUCCCUUUAUUUCCUCACUCAUCGAUCUACGGAUUGUCGAC